ACACACCAGCACACACACACACCAACACACAAACACACACACACGCCAGCUCAAACACCAAGAAACACUCUCACCAUCCUCUCACAGUGCGAGAAGGUCCUGCUCCGCCACACCUCCCGUUUCCUGUCUCCUGGGGGCCAUUUCCUGUCAGGGCAUCAUGAGUGUGGACACCAAGCCACGGCGGAAGGCCUGCUGCUCCAAGCUCAAGCUCUUCCUGGCGGCGCUGUCCUUUGUGUACUUCGCCAAGGCGUUCGCCGGCGGCUACAUGAAGAGCUCGGUGACGCAGAUCGAGAGACGCUUCGACAUCCCCAGCUCCCUCAUCGGGGUCAUCGAUGGCAGCUUCGAGAUCGGUAACCUGCUGGUGAUAGCCUUUGUGAGCUACUUCGGGGCGAAGCUCCACCGGCCGCGGAUCAUCGGGGCGGGCUGCCUCGUGAUGGCCAUGGGCUGCUUCCUCACCGCCAUGCCACACUUCUUCCAGGGACACUAUCAGUACGAGACUAGCAUGUCCCAUAGUUUGGACAACGCCACAGAGAGCAUCCUGCCCUGUCUGACCAAUCACAGCACAGUCGUGGACACCGACAUGCACUCGGAGAAGUCCAGAGCAGCGUGUGAGAAGGAGGCGGGCUCGUCCAUGUGGGUGUACGUGUUCCUUGGUAACAUGCUGCGCGGCAUCGGGGAGACCCCCAUCACCCCCCUGGGAGUAUCCUACCUGGACGACUUCUCCCGCGAGGAGAACACCGCCUUCUACAUCGCAUGCAUCCAGACGGUGGGUAUCCUGGGGCCCAUGAUGGGCUUCAUGUUGGGGUCAUUCUGCGCUAAGGUCUACGUGGACAUCGGCUCCGUGGACCUCGACGCCUUGACCAUCAACGACCAGGACUCUCGCUGGGUGGGCGCCUGGUGGCUGGGCUUCCUGGUCACCGGCGUGGUCAUCCUGAUGUCCGCCAUCCCCUUCUUCUUCCUGCCCAAGUCCAUGGCCAAGCAGGGCGAGGAGGAGGAGGAGGAGGAGGAGGAGCACGGCCGCACCGGCAAAGGGUCCAACAUGGAGCACGAGAACUUCCUCCCAGGGGAGAAGGCGGGGGCGGAGAAAGAGGAGGAGAAAGAGGUCAACUUCUCCGAGUUGGCUAAAGACUUCCUGCCGUCGCUGCGGAGGCUGUUCAGUAACCGCGUGUACCCCCUCAUCAUCCUCACCUCCCUGGUGGCCGUGAACGGCUUCAUCGGCAUGAUCACCUUCAAGCCCAAAUACAUGGAGCAGAUCUACGGCCAGUCCGCCUCCAAGGCCAUCUUCCUCAUAGGGAGCAUGAACCUCCCGGCGGUGGCCCUGGGUGUGAUCACGGGGGGUCUGAUCCUGAAGAGGUACCGUCUGGGCGUGGUGGGCGCGGCCCGCAUGGCCCUGGGGACCUCCAUCACCUCCUUCCUCCUCCUCUUCAUCCAGUUCUUCAUCCACUGCGACAACGCAGAGGUGGCCGGCCUCACCGUCUCCUACCAGGGGCUCCCCGCGGUGUCCUACCAGCCCGUCUCCAUGGUGUCGGGGUGCAACAUGGGCUGCUCCUGCUCGCUGCGGCACUGGGACCCGGUGUGCUCCUCCAACGGCCUCAGCUACGCCUCCCCCUGCCUGGCCGGCUGCCAGACCUCCACCGGGGCGGGCAAGGAGAUGGUGUUCCACAACUGCACCUGUGUGGGCGAGAUGCUGCGGCCGGCGGGCAACAGCUCGGUGGUGCUGGGCCAGUGCCCGCGGCACGGCAACUGUGACUACAUGUUCAAGCUCUACAUGGGCUUCACUGUGCUGUUCGCCUUCGUGUCCGCCUGCGGAGGAACGCCCGGGUACAUCGUCCUGCUCAGAUCCAUCCAGCCGGACCUCAAGUCCCUGGCUCUAGGGAUGCAGACCCUGAUAGUCCGGACCCUGGGUGGGAUCCCGCCUCCCAUAUACUUUGGGGCGCUGAUUGACAGGACGUGUCUGAAGUGGGGGACCAAGCGAUGCGGGGGCCGGGGCGCCUGCCGUCUCUACGAGGCCAACGCCUUCAGGAUGACCUUCCUGGGCCUGAUCUACUCGCUGUACCUGGUGGCCAACCUGCUGUGGUGCGCCCUCUACUACCGCGUGGUGCAGCGCGCCCGCAAGGCGUCGCUACGGAAACAGGCCAAGCUGCAGCAGAACGGACAGACAGACGGGCCGACGGCGCGACCGGCCAGCGUCGUAAUGGGGGACCGGGGCGACGCCGACCGGGAGAGCACCAUCUAACCCCGCCCCCGUCCCCCCCGUCUCCCCCGUCCCCCCCCGCCCCCCCCCCGUCCCCCUGUCACGGACCGAGCUCUCACCACAGGGGGUCUGUCGAAGCGGUCGCCACGGAGAUAUGAAAACGGGGGUCGUCUGGGAAACAGCGCCGCCCACCCGGCCCCACACCCCUCCUUGAUGUACACUUCGGGGUCUCACUGAGCCCAGACCCCCUCGGACCCCCUGGAGGGACACACAGCUCUCACACGUCUUAUCCCGUCGUGAGGUUUAUAAAUAACACACUUCGAUUUCAGAUAAAAAAUAGAAAACUAUACAAAAAAUAUGAUGCAUAUAUAUAUGGAGUUAUAUAUAUAAAUGAUUUACGUGCUUCAUUUUUUCAAACCCCCCCAUACAACAUCGCCGAAGCUACGUGAGACCACGGGUUACCCCAGUUACCCCAGUAUCACCAGUUACACAAGUAUCACCAGUAUCACCCGUUACACAAGUUAAACAAUUUAAACCAGUAUCACCAGUUACACCGUUACCUCAUUACACUAGUUACACCAGACACACAAGUUACCCAAAUUACCCAAGUUACCAGGUCCCACUCAGACGCUGGACUGUUGCCUGAUUGGCCUUAUUGUUUCACUAUGAAAUCUGUAUCCAUACACGUUUGUUUUUGUCAGUAUUAAUAUAUAAAACACCAAUAUCAUAUCUUAGCCUGAUUGAACCUAUAUUUUUUACUCUGUAAAAAAACUGUUUAUAUUUGUAUGUAUCUGGUAUUAAAUGACAUAAAGAGUAACAAACAUUAUUACUAGGAGCCAAGUUGUGUUUCAUAGAGAAUCUGACAGUCCUAGAUGUUUAUUUGAGCCGAUCAGAAGAAGCAGUUAGUGUUUCCCCAGAGAUGACGAGAGAUGAAUGCAGAACAGUAUUGUCAGGAUUGUCAAACCAGAACCUGGGAAUAUCAACAAGACAGAAUUACAUGAUUGUCCAUCAACAAGGUUGUCCUAUACCUGGAGACCACCACAACAUUCCCCUGUGUUUACUCGGUAAACCUCACCGAUGGCCCUGGACUUCAAGCGGUAUAAAACUCAGUUUAUGAGUUGAAUGCCCGAAGGGUUACGAAUCUCCCAAUGGGAAAACCCAUUGAUGUUGGAAAUGGGCAGCAAGUGUAUUAUUACGCACAUUUCAUUUAUUCAUAACCAGUGUGGUCACUGCUGUUGUCAACUGUUCAAAGGCUCUUCUAUCUUUUACUUUUUAUUUCCUUCUGGCUUUGCUGCUUCAGGUUUAGUAUGCGCUCCUGACGUCACCUCACUCCAACAGGUGGUGCUGUGAACAGCUUUAUAUCCAUGUGGAAAAUCACGUGACAUACUCUUCCCUCCCACUAUUGAGCAAGGCGUUGAUCCCAUACAACUUUUUACUGCUCAUAAACUGCUGUCAGGGUGUGUGGUUGAAUGAAUGAUGGGCAUAAUGAAUGAAUAAAUGUUUUUUUUUUAUGUUUUUUUUAUUUUUUUUUCCAGAUAAAACAUUAAGAACAUUUUCUUAUUUACUUAUUAUUCUUAUUUAUUUAUAUUGAUCUGGAUCAAUCAGGGUCAAAUGGUCAAACGGGUCAAUGUGAGGCUAAAUGCUGACCCAAUACCCAAUUUUAUGAUCAAUGCAUACACAAAAUGCAUACAUGAAAUCACUAUAGUUUGAGUAACUUAAAUUAUUACAUUCAUGCUCUGCAUCGACAACAGAACUUCUCCCAGAGAUGUCAUCGUUGGAAAAACGCCAACAUAAAUAAACACUACAACAUGAAACGGAAACAUCACAAUGGAAGACGUGUUA